ACUCGUUUUAAAGCCCGCGCUGUGCAGUGGUAUUGAUUUUAACCAGGUGAUAUGAAAAUGGGGUUCACCACCAUCAGUGAGACGGGAGAUUGUGAUGUGACGAAAUGCUGUGCUUCCUCCGAGGGGUGUGUGGUGCAGCGGGGGAGGACCUGCUGCUCUUGGCACAGAGGAUCACUCAGGGAUAUGUGAAGAGAUUUCGUCCAGUGCUGCACUGGGACCAGCCCGUGACUGUCUAUCUGGACCUUUCCCUCUACUCCAUCCUGGACCUGCAGGAGAAGGAGGAGAAGCUGACAUUGCAGCUGCUGUUUGGUGAGAGAUGGCAGGAUGAGUAUCUCUCCUGGGAGCCUUCCCAGUUCGAUGGACUCUCUCAUUUCACACUCCCAGCCUCCAGUGUCUGGACCCCCGAUAUCACCAUCAAAGAGGCGCUGAGUGAGAAGACGAGCGCGGCAGUGCCCUAUGUCUCUGUGUCUCCGCAGGGCUGGGUGCGUCUCUCCCAGCCCCUCGUUGUGGUGCUCCGGUGUAGCCUGGCCAUGUUCCGGUUCCCCUUUGACAUCCAGAAGUGCAACAUAACCUUUGGACCAAGCCUGCACACAGUGGAUGAUGUGAAGAUUGCCCUGGAGAGACCUGCAUCUGCUGUUUUCAAUGAAAGUCAAUCAUUUAGCAGCUAUGGCGAGUGGGAGCUGCUGUCUAUCCACACGUACAGCUUCACUGAAACAAUGGAGAACAGGACCUACUCCAGGAUCACUUUCGAGGUGGUGAUGGGUCGCUGCCCGAUGUUCUACGUGGUUAACCUGAUUGUGCCAAGUGCCUUGGUCAUGCUGAUCGACCUGGUGGGGUUUGGUAUCCCUGCGGAGAGCGGGGAGAGGAUACCCUUCAAAGUCACACUGCUGUUCGGGUACACGGUCUUCCUCGUCCUCGUCAACGACCUCCUCCCCCCCUUCAAACACACCACACCUGUGCUAGGGAUCUAUUUCGUGGUGUGUCUGGCAUUCCUGGUGCUCAGUGUGGCAGAGUCUGUGUUGCUGCUGGCCCUGGUGAAACCGCACAUGCCUAACAAAGCCCUGCCCCUUCCCUGCCUGGCUGCACUUCUCUUCCCUGACUGGAACCAAGGGGGUGGGCCUGAGACACAAGAGAGAGGAGACGAGACGCUCCUGCACAGGGAGGGCAUGAGCGAGAUCCACACAUGUCUCAACGCUGAGAAGGAGCCUCGAUCCGGAGGGGAGCUGCUGGACGCGCUGCGGGAGGUGGAGGCGGAGGUCCAAAAGGUUGGGACAGAGGUGAGACAGACCCUGGAGCGACGCCGAACCCACAGAGCCUGUCUGGAGCUUAUGGACACGCUGGACACACUCUGCUUCUGUGUGUACCUUACCCUGAUGGCUGCCUUUGUCCUCACCAUCACUGGGUUGUGGCUCUGGGGACACGGGCACCACUAGCUUGGGGCUAGGCUUCCUGCACAGAAUCUCAGUUUGGUUUCACACUGGUGUUCAUUGCAUCCAGUAAUUUCAUCUAGUCUGAUGGGGUGCUGUAAAGCAGCUUUAGUUUUAUUCUGUAUCUGAAAGUCAGAUCUAUGUUUCUAUUUUAGAAUACUGUCAGUAUUGGCACGUCUUAGACUGCUAUUGUUUUAAUUUCUUGAUUAAUGGUCUGGAGCAGUGGUUUCAACCCCAGUCCUGGGGAACCCUGGGUGUGCUGGUUUUCACUC